AUGAGCAAGGGCAGCAAGGACCGCGUGCAGGGCGCCCUCUGGGGUUUGCUCGCCGGCGACGCGCUGGCCAGCCCGACGCACUGGUACUACGGCGGCCUGCGCCAGGUGCAGGGCGACUACGGCCGCCAGGGCAUCCGCGACUACACGAAGCCCGUCGCCGAGAUGCAGGGCUCCAUCAUGCCGCGGAGCAACACCGACGGCGCGGGCCGGGGCUCCUACAACGAGGACAGGACGACGGUCAUCGGCGACGUCAUCAACCACGGCAAGAAGCCCUACUGGAACCCGCGCACGUCCUUCCACUACCACGGGACCCUCGCCGCCGGCGAGAACACGCUCGAGGCGCAGCUGUCGCGGCUGCUCGUCCGCACGAUCGCCGCGCGCGGCGGGGUCGACGACGCCGCGUUCCGCGACGCCUACGUGGCGUGGAUGACGACGCCGGGGAGCCACAACGACUCCUACGCGUCGACGUGCCACCGCAUGUUCUUCGCGAACUACGCCCACGGCAAGCGCGACCCGGCGGACUGCCCGGACAACGACCGGCACAACGUCGACACCAUCGACGGCCUCGUGCUCCCGUCCGUCGCCGCCGUCGCCGCGGCCUACGGCGGCGGGCCCGGGGCGCGCGCCGAGGCCGUCGACGCCGCCGUCCGCGUCGCGCGCGUCACGCGCGACUCGAAGCCCCUGGAACGGGCCGCGGCCGCGGUCGCGGGCGUCCUCUUCGACAGCGUCCACGGCGUCGGGACCAUGGCGGACCGCGUCGACGCGGCGACGGACGCGCUGGGCAUGUCGCGCGUCCACGCGGGCGCGCCCGACGAGAUGAUCAGCUGAUACCUGCAGCAGUCGCUGCCGUCCGCGCUGGCCAUGGCCAAGAAGUACGGCGGCGACGACGUCUUCGACGCGCUGCUCGUCAACGCGAACGUCGGCGGCGAGAACGUGCACCGCGGCGCCGUGCUCGGGGCGCUCCUCGGCGCGAACAAGGGCCGCUCGCGGCUCCCGCCGCGGCUCGUCGACGGGCUCGCGGCGACGUCCGAGAUCGCGGCGGAGAUCGACGCGCUCGUCGCCGCGCUCGCGCCCAAGUAG